UCAGUACCACACUCCCCCCCCUCCUCUCUGGUCGCUCUUCCUGCCGCUGCUGCUGCUUUGCGCGCUGCGGGGCCACUGCGACCGCACCGAGGAGGAAGCCGCGGACAGAAAGGGGGCGCAGUCUGAGGCAGAGCGGCGGAGAGGCGCAAUUUCAAAGAGAAGACAUCAGCAUCCGUCCAAGAGGAGGACAGCAAGAAAAGAAGGGGGAGAAGAAGAAGAAGAAGAAGGAGGAGGAGGAGAGGAAGAAAAGAAGAAGAGAGGGUCGGACGCGGAUUUAAAAACACCUGAGCAGCAGCAGAAGGCGGAGACGCGUCACACCGCGCCGCGUUCUUCCUCCCUCAUCAUCUCUCAGUGGAAGUGAACAAGUGAAUAAGAAGGAGAAGAAGAAGAGGAAGGGAAGCAGCGGCAGAAAUCUGACGAAGCUCGGAUUCAGAACGACGAACGACGCGGUGUCGGAAACCUCCCCCCCUCCCCCCGCACCAGGGCCGAUUCUCUGCUGUAGCACCCAGCGCGGCGCGGCGACACCAUGAAGGACCGCACAGCGGAACUGCGAAGCGCUAAGGACAGUGAUGAUGAUGAAGAGGUGGUUCAGGUCGACAGGGACCACUUCAUGGAUGAGUUCUUUGAACAGGUGGAGGAGAUCAGAGGCUGCAUAGAGAAGCUGUCGGAGGAUGUGGAGCAGGUGAAGAAGCAGCACAGCGCCAUCCUGGCUGCACCCAACCCUGACGAGAAGACCAAACAGGAGCUGGAGGACCUCACAGCUGACAUCAAGAAAACAGCCAAUAAAGUCCGUUCAAAAUUAAAAGCAAUCGAGCAGAGCAUCGAGCAGGAGGAGGGGCUUAACAGAUCAUCAGCAGACCUGAGGAUCCGUAAGACACAGCACUCAACGCUGUCACGUAAAUUUGUGGAGGUGAUGACUGAGUACAACACCACGCAGUCCAAGUACCGCGACCGCUGCAAAGACCGCAUCCAGAGACAGCUGGAGAUCACUGGAAGAACCACCACCAACGAGGAGCUGGAGGACAUGUUGGAGAGCGGCAAGCUGGCCAUCUUCACUGAUGAUAUUAAAAUGGACUCUCAGAUGACGAAGCAGGCGCUGAACGAGAUCGAGACCCGACACACUGAGAUCAUCAAACUGGAAAACAGCAUCCGUGAACUGCACGACAUGUUUGUGGACAUGGCCAUGCUGGUGGAGAGCCAGGGAGAGAUGAUUGACAGAAUCGAGUAUAACGUUGAACACUCCGUGGACUACGUGGAGCGCGCUGUGUCUGACACUAAGAAGGCGGUUAAAUAUCAGAGUCAGGCUCGUAAGAAGAAGAUCAUGAUCAUCAUCUGUUGCGUCAUCCUGGGCGUGGUCCUGGCGUCGACCAUCGGCGGCACGCUGGGCUUCUAAGACGCUGCGCCCCCUGCUGCUGAUGACAGACACCUGACUGACCAGUUGCCAGCGGAGAAAACAAAACACCGACGACGACGACGACGACGACAACAACAACAACAACAACUACACAAAAACUUGAAACACAAAUGCAAGACCGAUAAUUAAUUAGCUAGAAGUCACAGACACGAGGAAACACGGCGAGGUCGGCUGGGGUUAAAAACACAACAACAUCAUAGACGACGUAAAUACAUCGCAUAUUUAUCUCCGAUUUAACGUGGGUUCACUUCCUGUUCACCACAACAUCUCCAAACGGCUUUUACUCGUUUCUUUAGCUUUCAUUUCUUUUUUUCUUUUUUUCUGGAGUCUCUGAGGACAGUGACGCUGACUGCGGGUGGGUGGGACUUCUGCGGGCGGGGCCAACGUCCCAGAACCGGCCUUCCUUCACGUUGACGUGAUUGGAUCAAACGCCUCCGUGUUGUCAGCUCUCAGGUUCUGGAGCGCUGGACCGUGUUAAAGCAGGUGGCAGGUUUCCAUGACAACCUCCUCCCCCAUCGAGUCACACCCAUCCAACCAAAGAGCAAAGGGGGGGGGGGGGGGGGGCGAUCUUUGGUUUGAUUGACAGGUGAAUGGAGGGAAAGAACAGGGACAGGAGGAGGGUUUAAAGGAUGGUGGGCGGAGUCAGACAGUCAAUCUAUGCAGUUUAGCUCAGAGGAAGACGACCUGUCCCGCCUCCUCCCACCUGACCUGACACAACCAGCCAAUGAGGAGCACAGGUCCGUGUUUCGUCACGUAGGUGUGGCUGACGCGCAGACCGGUGUCGUCGUCAAAUGUUCUUCCGGAAGAUUCUUAAAAAAAAGAGGGGAAAAAGUGUAGAAAAGGAGGAGCUCUGGUCACAUGACUCUGGUCACAUGACUGAUGAACGCGUGUUUGUCACUUGGUUGUUUCUCUGCUGUUUUAGUGCAUGUGUUUCAUUAUUCAGCCGUGUGUGUGUGUGUGUGUGUGGGUGUGUGUGAGAGACACACACACACGACCUGAUGUAAGCUAGUAUUAGCUGGUGUUAGCCAAUAUUAGCUGAUGUUAGCUAGUAUAAGCUGGUUUUGGUGAUGUUAGCCAGUGAUAGCUGGUAUUAGCUGGUUUUGGUGAUGUUUGCCAGUGUUAGCUGGUUUUAGUGAUGCUAGCCAGUGUUAGCUGGUGUUAGCUGGUGUUGUGUGUAGAUUGUGUAGAAGCUGCUUCUUGUUGGAGACAUUUUUGAUGUUCGAUGUUGUCUCCAAGUGUCUGUUCAUUAUCAUUCUUGACCCAUGACCCCUGGACAAAACAUAAAUCUGUACAUCAAGCUAACUUUAGCCUACUAGCUCCUGACUUUAUUUGUAUUAUUUUACAGGCUAGUAUGGAGCUUGUGAGAUUAUAUUUGUCAAACUAUUUAAAGUAACAGCCAUGAAACAUAGCAAUAUACACAAAGCAAAUAACUCGUUAGCAUUAUGUUUGAAAAUUUCAAUGAAGCUAACUGACCUGUGUGUCUGUGUUACAUGGAGGUUCAUCCACUUGUUGAGGGUUUGAGUUCAAAUCUGAACUUUGUGGGGAUUUGUGAUAACUAACGUCAAACUAAGGCCGACAUAAAUAGACACACACACACGUGAUUAAAAUAAUAUAAUAAUAAUGAUUAAAAUAAUGUUUUUUGGUUAUAGUUCAGCGACCCCCACAGAUCCCUUCAUGGGAGUUCAAAACCUCUUUAGAUAACUCCAGUCUGUGCUUCAGCGCCACACACACCACAGUCACUGUCAGCACGACAACAACAACCUUAAACGAGUCAAUGCUACGACCAAAGCAAUAAUGUCAGUGUGUAGUUUUUGAGUUAACGCGCUGUGUUCAGAUUCUGUUGUUGAAUAAAUGACACCGAUGCUAUUUUGUCAAACAAUAGAAAAUUCUGUAAGUCUGGAAGGUUCUGUUAGCCUAAUAUCAGGCUAAUGUUAGCCUCAUGUUAGCCUAAUAUCAGCCUAAUGUUAGCCUCACGUUAGUCUAAUAUCAGCCUAAUGUUAGCCUCACGUUAGCCUAAUAUCAGCCUAAUGUUAACCUGUCAGCCAGCAAACUUAUCCACAUACAGGUACUGUUAGCUGCUGUACAGGUGAAGGUUUUAGUUCACUGAAGUUAAUCGAACAAAUCAAAGUCCGUACGACGAAAACUCGAUUUUUUAUGCAGUAACCAUGGAAACGUUAAACUGGAGCGAGCUCGUAAUAUUGUCAAUGUCCUGUCGUGGUCCGUGUUAAUCGCUCCUUGCUAUUUUGUACAAACAUGACGUAAAGAACCCGACUUCUCUUGUUGUACAUUUCCCACGAGAAAAAAGAAAGAAGCAAGAAAGAACUUCCACGUCGUCAUUGUUUGCGUCUGUAGUUCAACAUGUCGACGGUUGUCAUGGUGAUAUCACAGUGGUUUGUGACGAUGCUGUCGUAGCACCAGCCAUUUGUGUGUUUGUUGUUUUCUGCUCCGUAUGUCCGUCCAUCAGGCCCCGCCCACACCUUCCCCCAGGGACAGAAACCCUGCACGUUAGUGUUCGCUCAGUCCCCGCCCAUUCUGUCUUUGCUUCCUUUAGAUGUUUGUAAAAAAAGAUGAGGAUGAUGUUUAGGAUUGGGAGUCUGGCCCCGCCCACCCCGCUGUGUGUAAUAAAAAUAAUAAUAAUAUUUAAAAAGGCAUGCAAAAGCGUUGUGGAGUUUGCAUGAUGGUGUUUUUGUAACUGCGACCUUUGACCCUCAUUGUCGUGCACUUUACGCUCAUCGGACUUUGAUGUGAUUUCAUUUCAGACCUCACGGUGGCGCUAGUGUCCUCUGUAACAGUGUUUUUGUUCAACAUUUAAACGUGAAAGACGCCGAUUUACACCACGCCCACUGCUUGCCCCGCCCCCUCAACUUUGAUUAUUGUGAGUGUGAAGAGCUGGAGGCUAACGUAUCGUUAGCGCUCCACUGGCCUUCUUGUGUGUGUGUGUGCGCGCGUGUUUGACGAAUUCUACUUGAUUUGUUUUCUUUUUUAAAGGAAAGAGAAACAAGCCGAUGUAUUUAUUGACGCCACGAUCACUGUUAUUAUUAUUAUUAUAUUUAUUGAAAUUCAAACCAAAGCGUUUUUAGCUCCGCCCCUCAAGUGUUUGCCACUAAUAUCAAAGAGCACAACACGAGUCGAGUUUACAGAGUUUAUGUUGAAAAUGAAAAAAUAUAUAAAAACAUUCAAUGUUAAUGUAACCAUAAAAUCUAUGAAAGCCCCCCCACAUCACCAGCCCGGACCACAUGUCCGUCUGUCACACCACAAACAAACAAUGUCUGGCUCUGCCCCCACUUUUCCUUUAGUUUGUGAUGUCAGAAAAACGUGACGCAGAUUCGUGAAAUUACAACCCUGGAAGCGUGGCUCCGCCCCCUCACACAUUCACACACAGGUUGAAUGCUCUCUGCAGCACUAACUGACACAUCGUAGCCCCUCCCACCCAUCGGCCCUGGGUUCAAAGCUCUGCCCCCUAAUUAGUUAAUGUGUUUGUGAUCAAAUUAUUAUUUUUAUCUUUUAUCUUUUCGUUGUUAAUGCUAAAAACAGUGUGAUGCUAGUAAAUUAGCUGCAAUAGCUUAGCCACUUUUUUUUACAUCACUACUGUGUGUGUGUGUGUGUGUGUGUGUGUGUGUGUGUGUGUGUGUGUGUGUGUGUGUGUGUGUGUGUGUGUGUGUGUGUGUGUGUGUGUGUGUGUGGAGUUGACCUGUCGUUAGCCGUUAGCAUGUGUGUUGUCUCACACACACACACACACACGCGGUCUUCCAUGUUUGUAUGCAGCAGACGCCAAAUUCGUCCGUUUGCGAUCAUUUUGUCCAUUUUGUCUGUCGGACGGUAAAACUACGAUGAUUUUUGUCUUCCUGAAAAUUUUUUUUCUCACAAACCAAAACCCGCUUCACUGCGGUGGGCGGAGCUCAGUGCUCGUCACGAUGAAGCUCCGCCCACAUCUUUCUGCUCUCUCAUCGUAACGAGACAGUGUUUGGUUUGUAUCAGUGUUUUUCCCCAGUUGGGGGGGGGUUGUCGGGGGUGGGGCCAUGGAGACAGACCACACCCACAUGGUCUGUGCCAUAGCAAGUAAGAUAAACACAUAAUUAUCAUGAUUAUGAUUAUUAUUAUUACCAUAAAUGACAAAUAAAUGCAGUAAAACAUUUGCAAAAACCCAGAGGGAGAAAGUUCGGCUUCACACAAACGAUUCUGAAGAAGACGACGACGACGUUAUGUUAUCAUCAAUCAAAGUAGUAAAUAUUGAAUAUUGAAUGCUCGCUGAAACGUUUCUUUGUGUUCUGUAAUUAUUGUAAAUAACUUCAAAGAGAGAAAAAUGACUUGCAUGUCUAUGUAUAAAAAUCUACUGAGAUAUUUAUUCCUGUCAAAGUUGUCCACGUGUCCCAUCUCUGUCCGCUCUAAGCUCCGCCCCAUCAUCUCGACAACGCUUUUUUUUUUUGUUUGUGGUUUUGAGAGAGAGAGAAAUAUUUACACCUGCUGUCAUAGCACACAUGACACGCCCACGUCACAUGACGUUUCAGUGGCAGAGUGGUCUUUUCAGAAUAAAAGGAAAGAUUUUCUGUUUGUUUUUAAACGCAGCUACAACCACUCAUCACCAUCAUCCCAGUUCCAGAGGCUCCGCCCACUGGCUCCUCUGAUGAAAGUGCUUCCCUCCAUAUUAGGUAAAAUAACCCCGUCUCCAGGCCACACCCCCUGAUCACUUCAGGAGCCCUGUUAGCGGUUUCCGAACUCUCUCUCUCUCUCUCUGUUUGAGUCGAGUUCAGAUGUCCCCGCCCACAUGACAAACUUCGCAGACCAGUGUUGAAACUUCCCGUGUUUGUGCGUCCGUCGUUGGUUCUUUGUUCCGUUUCUCAGAAGCGUCGAAGUGGCAGAGGUUGGACAGGAAGUCUGAACGUCUGGACAGGAAGUGACCUCGCAGUUUCCUCCUGCUCAGACGAUCAGAGGGUUUGAGGAACGACGUCGUUCUCCCGGAGUCGCCCUCGGUCUCCGCCUCACACAGGCCUGACACAACAAAGCGUGCAAUAUUCCGAGAAACAAGGGCUGAACUUCUCUCACGCGGAGGCAUCCGGGCCGGGAACUCCGGCGACCGCGACCACAGGAGCGAACGCACUUGUUUUUAGGGAACGUGGGAAAUCAAACAUCGGGAAGAGCAAAAAAAAAAAAUCCAUAAUUUGGAAAACGGUAAAACAAACACGGACAGAGACGUCGCCAUUUCAGAGCAACUUUGACGGGAAAUGCAACUUUGUGUCCUGUUUUUUUUUGUGUGUGUAUGUGUGCGUAGCGUAAUGUAAAAGCGAUCUGUCCCCCCCACAGAAACCCCUCCCCCUUCUAUGCCCCGCCCCCUCUCUCGUACUGCUGUUGGCUGUUCUGUUUAGUUCAUGUGACGUGCCAGUAUUCCCCCCUCCCCUCCCCGUUCACCCACCCCCCCCCUUACGCCCCCCCAUGGAUCUUUAAGAUGACAACUCUAUGCAGAUGCUGUCUUUUAUAAGUGUGUCAAAAUUUUAAUUUAAAAUAAAAACUUGGAAAAAAAAAAGCCAAACCCUGACGGAAAUGUUUGAAACGAUAAGAAAAAAAAAACAAUAAAGAAACGGAUUGUUAAGUGUCAA